CUGAACCCUGCGGAAGAAACCAAGAGAUACUACUAACAACUUUACAAGUAAUAAUUCAAGUAGUGAAAAAAAAAAAAAAUAGGCAUGAAAUUUGAAGGUUUAGUAGUAAUUGUGAGUCUGAUCUUUGGAUCUACUUUUGUAGUAAUUUUUACGAAUGCUCAGAGUUUAGUUCCUGCUAUCAUCACAUUUGGUGACUCAACUGUUGAUGUGGGCAACAAUGACUAUGUUGCCACUCUUUUCAAGGCUGAUUAUCCUCCUUAUGGUAGGGAUUUUGCCAAUCAUAAACCUACUGGUAGAUUUUGCAAUGGCAAAUUAGCCACUGAUAUCACUGCGGAUACUUUGGGCUUCACAAGUUACCCACCAGCAUAUUUAAGUCCACAAGCAUCAGGGCAGAACCUUCUUAUUGGAGCCAAUUUUGCAUCUGCCGCUUCAGGUUAUGAUGACAAAACAGCAUUGCUCAGUCACGCAAUUUCAUUGUCACAACAACUAGAAUACUACAAAGAAUACCAAGGUAAACUAACAAAGGUGGCAGGUAGCAGCAAAGCAAAGUCAAUUAUUAAGGAUGCUCUUUACAUAGUUGGUUUUGGAAGUAGUGAUUUUGUUCAAAAUUAUUACGUCAACCCUUUUUACUACAAAUUGUACACCCCUGACGAGUAUUCUUCCUACCUUGUUGGCAUUUUCUCAAGCUUCAUUCAGGAUCUUUAUGGAUUAGGAGCAAGAAAGAUUGGGGUGACUUCACUUCCCCCAUUGGGUUGCAUACCAGCUACCAUCACACUGUUUGGAUUUCAUGAAGAUGGUUGUGUUUCAAGGCUCAACUCCGACGCUCAAGGAUUUAAUAAGAAGCUUAACGCAGCUGCCACUAAGCUAUCUAAGCAAUUCUCUGGUCUUACACUUGUUGUUUUCGACAUUUACAAGCCCCUCUAUGAUUUAGUGCAAUCUCCCUCAAAAUCUGGAUUUGCUGAGGCGAGGAAGGGAUGCUGUGGGACAGGAACAAUAGAAACAACAUCGCUUCUAUGUAAUCCAAAGUCUAUAGGAACAUGCAGCAAUGCCACCCAAUACGUGUUCUGGGACAGUGUUCAUCCUUCUGAGGCUGCUAACCAGGUUCUCGCUGAUGCCCUUAUUACUCAAGGCAUUGCACUCAUCAGUUAAAAUGUCGGUCAAGCCUCUUGUCUUCUAUGAUGCUUGUAUACUACAUAGUACAACUAUCUUCUUGCACUAGCUUACGAAAAUUUAUCAUAUUGUUUUUCUUGUUUCAAUGUAUGUGUUUCCAUAAAAGGCUAUAUAUUCUCAAACAGUAAUAUUUCUUUUGUUUCAAGGAGAUCAAUAUGUAACAGAAAUACUUAUUACAGUGGAAGUACUUGUUAUGAAA